CAUCACUUGAGACUUCAGCUAAAGUAACUGAUCGAAAUGGCAGACGUCGCCGUUGCAGUUCCCGCCGAGAAGAGGGCACCUCCCAAAUUCAAGCAGAGGACCACUCGCACCUUCAAGAGCAAAGCGCCUAAACCUGGCCAGAAGGGAUUCGGAGACGACAUCCCCGGCAUGGAGGGCCUUGGCACAGACAUCACAGUGAUCUGCCCAUGGGAAGCCUUUGGGGACAUGGAGCUCAGCGACCUGGCGAAAUAUGGAAUUGUUUAGCCCUCUUCUUUAUGAACUCUUACCUCCUGUUAAAACAGUUGCCCCUCCUGUAUUCCAACUGUUUUACUGAGAACAUCUUGCUCUGUGCUGUAGAGAGGAGGCAGCUUUUGAUUAUUUAAUAUCUGACCUGGAAAAAAAAGAAAUAAAUCCAGCAUUCUCUCUUGUCUCUUGCACUUUAUUUGGCCCUGCCUUUCCAACAAUUCUCCUUCGUCCUCAUAAGGACUGUUUAUUUGCUUAAUGUGAUAUUCUAUAUUUUUUGUUCUCUCCUUCACCUUAAAGCAGCUGAUUCAACAUGCACAGAUGUUUAUUUUUUGAAAUAGAAAACAAUAUUUUUGCCAAAGUCUAUAAUUCACUUUGCUGUUCAGUGAAAAAAAGAUAAUUGAACUGUUCUUCUCUACUGACAAUAUAUUGAUGAACACAAUAAAUG